AUGGCUUUUUCCGAUGAUCAACAACCAUAUUUCAAGCAUUUUUGCAGGAUUUGUAAAAAGGGUUUCAUGUGUGGAAGAGCAUUAGGUGGUCAUAUGAGAGCUCAUGGUGUUUCCGAUGAAACUGGUAAUCUUGACGAUCAAGAUCCGACCACCGAUAGUAAUUGGGAUGGAAACAAAAAAAUGUACGCUUUAAGAACAAACCCUAAUCGAUUCAGUCGAGUUUGUGAGAAUUGUGGGAAAGAGUUCUUGUCAUGGAAAUCGUUCCUGGAGCAUGGGAAGUGUAGCUCAGACGAUGCUGAAUCGUCGCUUGUUUGGUCACCGGAGUCGGAGGCUGACGAUGAUGAUGACGGUGCCGGCGUCGCCGGAUGCCACCAUGGUGGCGGCGGAAGUGGGUGGUCUAAGCGGAAGAGGUCUUUUAGGGUUUGUUCUAGUGAAGAUGAAGAAGAUGUAGCUUUAGCCAAAUGUUUAAUGGCGUUAUCGAACACUACGGUUGAUCCGGUGGAGCUAGAGGUGGCGGAUGAGCAUCUCUUUGCCGCCAUUAAACGGGAGGAGCAAAGGCGGAAUCCCAUAUUCUCGUCGGAAUUUCUACCAACUUUUACAAAGCCUCCACCACCUUUCGAUAAAGCCAAAACGGUGGUGGCAGCAGCAGCCGCCAGUAGUAGUGCUGCUGCCACCACCCCUAAAGGCAUGUUCGAAUGUAAAGCAUGUAAAAAAGUCUUUAACUCGCAUCAAGCAUUGGGUGGACAUAGGGCUAGUCACAAGAACGUUAAAGGCUGUUUCGCAGCUCGAAAUGAUCAGUUUGAUGAUAAUUUAGCGUACGAAGAUGUUGCCAUCGUCCAAAACGACUUAAAAUCUGUCAUCACCCGCCAAUCAUUAGAGACUGGACCCAACACUGGUCCAAUCUCGUUGGCGGGUCGGAAAUCAAAAGUACACAAAUGCUCCAUUUGUAGCCGGAUUUUCGCAUCCGGACAAGCCCUAGGUGGCCACAAAAGAUGCCAUUGGCUCACCUCAAGUUACACCUCAGAAGCUUCUUUAAACAAGUUUAACUUUCAUGAACACAUUGACCAACUCCAUCGAAGAGCUCUAGCAAUACCGAAAGAACUCGAGUUAAACCUCAACCUGAACCUCCCGGUUUCCGGAAACACCCCCACGGCCGACACACGACCGGACUUGCAAAAUCCAGCGAGAUUGGAUCAGGUAUCUACAGAUAUCAACCUGCAUGCAUGGAGUAGUGCAGCAGAUCAAGAAAAUGGUGAUCAUGGGGAUGCAAAAGCAGACCAUAAACAUCAAUUGAACAAUAAUAACAGCGACCAAGAUGAUCAGAAUGCAGCACCGCCGGCAACGGCGGAGAUGGUGGAAGAUGAAGGUGAGAGUAAGGUGAAAUUGGCGAAACUCAGUGAGUUGAAAGAGAUGAAUGAUAACGAUGGGAGUUCAUCUUCAUGGUUGCAGGUUGGAAUUGGAUCAACCACUGAUGUGGGUCCCACCCCAUAA